CAGCAGCAUGAGGACCUGUCCUCUAAGAAGCUGCGGCUGACCAAGCCCAGCAAGUCAGCAGCGCUCCACGUCGACCUGUGCAAAGCCACAUCACCCGCAGAUGCCUUGCAGUACUUGCUCCAGUUUGCCAGGAAGCCUGUGGAAGUGGAGAGUGUGGAAGGGGUUGUCAGGAUCCUGCUGGAGCAUUAUUACAAGGAGAACGAUGCCUCUGUAAGGUUGAAGAUUGCUUCCUUGCUGGGCUUGUUAUCAAAGACCGCAGGAUUUUCCCCAGAUUGCAUUAUGGAUGAUGCCAUUAACACGCUUCAAAAUGAGAAGUCUCACCAAGUCCUUGCUCAGCUGCUGGACACCCUGUUGGUGAUCGGCACAAAACUCACAGAGAAUCCGUCUGUCAGGAUGAGGCUGGUAGAGGUAGCCUGCAAGCAUCUGACAGAUUCUUCCCAUGGUGUAAGAAAUAAGUGUCUUCAGUUAAUUGGCUGUCUUGGACCAGUGGAAAAAGGUGGGGCAAAAGAAGUUGAGAGCCAGGCUGCCAAAGAUGUCCAGAAGAUAAUAGGAGAUCAUUUUAAUGACCAGGACCCUCGUGUUAGAACAGCAGCUAUAAAAGCCAUGCUGCAGCUUCAUGAAAGAGGAUUAAAAUUACAGCAGGCUAUUUACAGUCAGGCCUGCAAGCUGUUGGCAGAUGAUUAUGAGCAAGUGCGCAGUGCUGCAGUUCAGCUAAUUUGGGUCCUCAGUCAACUUUACCCUGAAAGCAUCGUCCCGAUUCCUUCUUCUAAUGAAGAAAUUCGCUUGGUUGAUGAUGCAUUUGGAAAAAUUUGUCAUAUGGUUAGCGAUGGUUCCUGGGUUGUUAGAGUACAAGCUGCUAAGUUAUUGGGUUCUAUGCAACAAGUUAGCUCCCAUUUCUUAGAGCAGACCCUUGACAAGAAGCUCAUGUCAGAUCUGAGGAGGAAGCGCACUGCGCAUGAACGAGCCAAAGAACUCUACAGCUCUGGGGAGUUUUCAAGUGGCCGAAAGUGGGGAGAUGAUGCUCCCAAAGAAGAAAUUGAUACAGGUGCUGUAAACUUGAUUGAAUCAGGAGCUUGUGGGGCUUUUGUUCAUGGCCUGGAAGAUGAGAUGUACGAGGUUCGGAUCGCUGCGGUUGAAGCCCUCUGUAUGUUGGCUCAGUCGUCGCCUUCUUUUGCGGAGAAAUGCCUGGAUUUUUUGGUUGACAUGUUUAAUGAUGAAAUUGAGGAGGUGAGGUUGCAGUCAAUACACACAAUGAGAAAAAUUUCCAACAACAUCACGCUGCGGGAAGAUCAGCUGGAUACUGUGUUAGCUGUCUUGGAGGAUUCUUCAAGGGACAUUCGGGAAGCGCUUCAUGAACUGCUGUGUUGCACCAAUGUCUCAACUAAAGAAGGCAUCCAUCUUGCACUGGUGGAGCUGCUGAAAAACCUAACUAAGUAUCCCACAGACAGAGAAUCCAUAUGGAAAUGCUUGAAGUUCUUGGGAAGCAGGCAUCCCACUUUGGUGCUUCCGUUAGUCCCAGAGCUGCUGAGCACACAUCCGUUCUUUGACACUCCAGAACCAGACAUGGAUGACCCAGCCU